AUGAGCCACCAGAAGAAGGUCAGUCUCAAUCCUCACGAUCUCUGGGGGGUUCUCAAAGGCGACAAUAUGACUCAAAACGGCGCUGCUGGCCCUGACUCAUCGGCCCCUGAGGCCAACAACACCUCCUCAUCAAAGAGACCGGUGAGCCCAACUUCUACCAAGAAAAUCCCCAAUCGACCCAAAACAAUGUCUACCCAAGCAGCACCUCCUGCGGCGCACCAGGCGCCCCAAUCACUGCCGGACUUUAUUGUCGAAAGAAACCAGCUCUUCGACCAGCUGAAGAAGCAGCGUGACGAAGAACUUGCCAGCAGGGAGAAACCAGCCAUCCAGGUCAAAUUGGUUCCCGCCCCCGGCCAGGAGACCACAGUCGAGGGCAAGGCCUGGGAAACCACGCCUGGCCACCUGCUGAAGAAUCUGCCCAAAGAACGGGCGGGUCAAGUCGUGGUGGCCAAAGUCGACGGCGAACUCUGGGAUCUCGACCGACCACUCGAAAAGGACAGCAAGGUGUUAUACCUCACGUUCGACGACCCCGAAGGCCGUGAUGUCUUUUGGCACUCCUCAGCCCACGUGCUGGGUGAAUGUGCCGAGCACGAGUACGGCUGUCGCCUCUCCCACGGCCCUCCGACGGCCAUGGGUUUCUUCUACGACAUGGCGCUCGAACCGGGCAAAGCCGUGCGUGAAGCCGAGUGGCCCUCGCUAGAGAACCGCGCGAAGAAAUUUGCAAAGGACAAACAGGCCUUUGAACGUCUCGAAGUCUCCAAGGACAACCUCCGCAAGAUGUUUGGCUACAGCAAAUACAAGAUGCACUACAUCGAGAAGUUUGUGCCCGACGGCGAAUCCUCCACGGUGUACCGUAACGGCACCCUGGUGGACUUGUGCCAGGGACCCCACAUCCAGAACACCCGCAAGAUCGAAUCCUUCAAGAUCAUGAAGAACAGCUCCGCCUAUUUCCUAGGCGACCAGAACAACGACUCCCUCCAGCGCAUCCACGGCGUGGCUUUCCCCACGAAACAACAACUGAAGGAUUGGGAACAUUUCCUCGAGGAGGCCAAGAAGCGUGAUCACCAGGUCAUUGGCCAACAGCAGAAACUCUUCAUGUUCAGUCGCAUGUCUCCCGGUUCACCGUUCCUCCUCCCACACGGGACUCGCAUCUUCAACGCCCUCCAACAGAUGCUCCGCGAUCAAUACUGGGAACGCGGCUACCAGGAGGUCCAGUCCCCCAACAUGUACGACGUGGACCUCUGGAAAACCUCGGGCCACUGGCAACAUUACCAAGACGACAUGUUCCGGGUGAUUGUGAAGGACGACUCUGCCGACCCCAUGCCCCUGAGCGACAAGAAACCCGACGGCAAAACCCCUCUCGCCGAAAUCAAGGAUAAAGACAAGGGUGUGUUCGCUCUCAAGCCGAUGAACUGUCCCGGCCACUGCCUCAUGUUCCGCGACGAAGAGCGCUCCUACCGUGAACUCCCCUGGCGAGUGGCGGACUUUGGCGUGCUGCACCGCAACGAGGCCUCGGGCGCGCUCUCGGGGCUCACUCGGGUCCGCAAGUUCCAGCAAGACGACACCCACAUCUUCUGCACCAACGAGCAGGUGCAGGGCGAAAUCGAGGGCCUGUUCGACUUCAUGUCCCACGUCUACGGCUUGUUCGGGUUUCCUUUCAAGUUGAAGUUCUCCACCCGGCCCGAAGGGUACAUGGGCACGCUGGAGGACUGGAACGCCGCCGAGGCGCGCCUGAAGCAAGCCCUGGUCAACUUCCGCGGCGACGACUGGGAGAUGAACGAGGGCGACGGCGCCUUUUACGGGCCCAAGAUCGAUGUUACCAUCUCGGACGCGCUGGGCCGCGAGUUUCAGUGCGCCACCAUCCAGCUGGACUUCCAGGGCCCGCAGAACUUCAGGCUCGAAUACCGCACCGGCGAGGGCGGGGAUGUGGCUGCUCAACAGUCCGACGAACACCGCGAGCGCGACCCCAAGGCGCCCGCCCCGGGCAUGGCGCGCCCCGUGAUGAUCCACCGCGCCAUCAUCGGGUCGUUUGAGCGCUUCAUCGCCAUCCUGUGCGAGCACUUUGCGGGCAAGUGGCCGUUCUGGCUCUCGCCGCGCCAGAUCCUGGUCAUCCCCGUCAUGAAGUCGGCCGAGGACUACGUGCGCGAGAUCCAGGGCAUCUUCCACAAGGCGCGCAUGUACGUCGACAUCGACGUCAGCGGGAACACGCUGCAGAAGAAGAUCCGCACGGGCCAGUUGGCGCAGUACAACUUUAUCUUUGUCGUCGGCGCGAAAGAAAAGGAAACCCGCACCGUCAACAUCCGCAACCGCGACGACCCGGACACCCAGAGGAUGGGCGAGCUGAUCCCGCUCGAGAAGGCACUGGAGCGCCUCACCCAGCUGCGCGACGAGAGGAGGCUGGAGAACAGGAUCGACAUGACUCACUAA